GUGUGCUAGAAGUAGCUUUUAGGUUGUCAGCGGCAUUCUGCGUUUGUGUGUCGCCGUCGGUGACAUUUGCAAACAAUGCUCCUCGGGCUGACUAGAGGGCGGCUGCUGCCGUCUCCUCGGCGCUGCCUCCUGCAUUGUCGCCACAUUAAAUCUGCAGCCACCGCUGCGAGUGGUGUUGGAGACAGCGUGCUCUCUGCAUUUAGGUCUAUAUGUGGCGAGGACGGCGUCUCAUUGGGCGAAGCUGUUAGAGAACAACAUGGCAAAGAUGAGUCUGUACACAGAUGCUGUCCUCCAGAUGUGGUGGUGUUUCCACGUUGUGUGGAGGAGGUCAGUGCCUUGGCAAAGGUCUGCCACAAGCACCGCCUUCCCAUCAUCCCUUUUGGCACUGGGACUGGCUUGGAGGGAGGGGUUGGAGCUGUGAAGGGGAAUCUUUGCUUCUCUAUAAGCAAGUACAAGAGAGUAGCUGCCCUCUUAUUCACGGUUGUCCCAAGUUGUAAAUAUCUGGGUUAUACAAAGUUACUGUCAGAUUACAGAUGUGUCCUUUUUUAAUAAUUGACCCAACCCUGGUUAUGUGCUUUGUUUGUCUCAGAUCCUGGAGCUGAUGCAUCUCUGUGUGGUAUGGCUGCCACCAGUGCAUCAGGUACUAAUGCAGUGCGUUAUGGGACUAUGAGGGAAAAUGUUAUAAACCUGGAGGUAGUGUUGGCUGAUGGGAGCAUCGUACACACUGCCGGGAAGGACCGCCGUCCCAGGAAGACGUCAGCUGGCUAUAACUUGACAAACCUGUUUGUAGGCUCAGAGGGGACCCUGGGGAUCAUCACUAAGACCACAUUACGCCUCUAUGGCAUCCCAGAGGCCAUGGUGUCAGCCGUCUGCUCAUUUCCUUCCGUCCAGGCUGCUGUAGACAGCACAGUGCAGACGCUACAAGCUGGAGUACCCAUCGCUCGCAUCGAGUUUCUGGAUGAUGUGAUGAUUGAUGCGUGCAACAGGUUCAGCUCUCUGUCCUACCCCGUGACCCCAACUCUGUUCCUGGAGUUCCACGGCUCAGAACAAAGCCUGGAGGAGCAGGUCAAAACAACCGGUGCCUACUCUACAGAUGUGUGUGUUCCUCUGUCUCGACUGCCUCAAAUUAUUGUGGAGACAAAGGAGGACCUGAUUGAGAACAGACUUACAGUGAACCAGUUUGAGUUCACUGACCCGUGUGGUGGAGUAGAGAAGCUGCAGGAAGGUAAAGGUUUCAGAAAACUUUCAAACUUUUUGCUCCUAAAAAAUGUAUUUGCUUCUUGCAGGCGAGCCUUGGCCAUGGAUGGUACGUGUACAGGGGAGCAUGGAGUGGGUUUAGGAAAAAGGGCGCUGCUGUGCGAGGAGAUGGGGCCUGUGGGCAUCCAGGUCAUGCAGAGUCUCAAGGACGCCCUCGACCCAAACAACCUGAUGAAUCCUGGGAAAAUCCUGCAGCGAGAAGAGCCAUGAGCAGCGUGUCCAUCUGAGUGAUUACAUCAUCAGAGUGAAGUUUGUGGACGCACUUCUGUUAAAGGAGCACAAGUGGUUUAGAGUGAGCAAACAUAUGAAAUCAUUGAAGCAGUGAUUUACAAAUUCAGCGAAAUCAAGAAAGCUACACGUGUUUUUUUUUUUUAUGAGAUUUCUCACGAAUGUUCCUACAUGCACCAGAAAACCUGACUCUUAGAAAAUGAUGAGUGUUAAUAAAAUCCUUUUUGCUAACUCCAAAUCUGAGUUUUUAAGGAAGACCUGGUUUGUUGUUGCAGAUUAGCAUGCAUUAUGUAAAGAUUAUCUUCCACAGAUCCUUUCUUUUUGUGUCAUUAAAAUUAAUGUCUAACAUGUGGAAUCACUCCAA